AAUUGAAUCCUGAUGAGGUCCCGUAUUAAUGAUUUACAGACAAAAACCUAGAGCUUAAAAGAGAGGGAAGUGGCAAUAAACUGACCCCGUGGGAUCUGCAGCCAUGUCUGGAAAGCCAGUGUGCAUUGGUGAUUUUGAGGAGUAUGCUAAAACCUUCCUCCCCAAAUCCGUGUACGAUUAUUACCGGUCCGGGGCGGAUGACCAGGAAACACUGGCAGAAAAUGUGGCAGCAUUUUCCAGGUGGAAGCUGUACCCGCGGGUGCUGAGGGAUGUGUCGGAGAUGGACAUGUCCACCUCGGUGCUGGGGCAGCGGGUCUCGGUGCCCGUGUGCGUGGCCGCCACCGCGAUGCAGCGCAUGGCUCACCCCGACGGGGAGACGGCCACUGCCAGAGCGUGCCGGGCCGUGGGGACAGGGAUGAUGCUGAGCUCCUGGGCCACCUCUUCCAUCGAGGAGGUGGCCGCAGCAGCCCCGGGGGGCCUCCUGUGGCUGCAGCUGUACGUGUACAAGGAGCGGGAGGUGGCGGAGUCCCUGGUGAGGCGGGCGGAGCGGGCCGGCUACAGCGGCAUCUUCGUGACGGCCGACACGCCCUACCUGGGCCGGCGCCUCGCCGACGUGCGCAACAAGUUCCAGCUCCCUCCAAACCUCAGAUUAAAAAACUUUCCCAGCAGUGACCAGGCGUUUUCCUCGGGGAGAGACUUUGGAGAGAACAGCGGGCUGGCCGUGUACGUGGCUGAGACCAUUGAUCCAGGUCUCAGCUGGGAGGACAUCAAGUGGCUUCGGGGGCUCACCUCGCUGCCCAUCGUGGUGAAAGGCAUCCUCAGGGCUGAUGAUGCUAAAGAAGCUCUCAAGAUUGGGGUAAAUGGUAUCCUGGUGUCAAAUCACGGAGCACGACAGCUCGAUGGGGUCCCUGCAACUAUUGAUGUGCUGCCUGAGAUCGUUGAGGCCGUGCAGGGGAAGGUGGAGGUGUUCCUGGACGGCGGGGUGAGGAAAGGCACCGAUGUCCUCAAGGCUCUUGCUCUCGGUGCCAGAGCUGUGUUCAUUGGAAGACCUCUGCUCUGGGGGCUGGCUUAUCAAGGUGAAGAAGGAGCAAAAGAAGUUCUCCAGAUGCUGAAGGAGGAGUUUCGCCUGGCAAUGGCACUGACAGGAUGCCGGAGGGUAGAAGAAAUCAGCAGGACACUGAUCCGAAGACAUCAAGUGUUGUCUUCCAAGAUUUAGGUCUGAAGACUUUGCCUCGUGUGUUGCCUGUUUUGCUUCCAGACAAAACCCAACUGUGUUUGCUCUGUGGGCCUCACCCUGCAACCCUGACUGAGAAGGCACAGCCCGUAAGACGUCACUUCCUGAAGAAAAUACUCAAUGCAAAUUUUACAGGUGUUUCCAAAUGUUUUAGGCUCUUGAGGAAAGCUGCUGUACUGGGAGGUGUGAUUAGAGAUGGGUCUUGGUACAAGAUCGGCACAAGAAACUUCAAGGGGUUUUGCAACCAAUGCUGAUAUUAAUUUCUAUGCCUGGGAGUAACUCAGCUGCUAAAAUGAAACUGUAAACAGGAAUGUUUUGACAGCAAGCAGAAAUGCUGAAAUUUAAAAUGCAAAAGAUACUUCUUGCUCACUGUUUAGAGAAACUAGACUGGAGAUUGCAGAGAUUAAAUCUUGCUUUCUUAUGAA